CGAUUGCGGGAAUCCCUGCAUUUUGAAAUGGAAUCGGUUUUGUGAGAUUCUUCCUUUUCCAAAGAGGAAUUCUUGGACGGAAUUUUGGUGGAAUCGGAUUCUAGGCAGAGGCGGGUCUCGUCCCUCUAUCAAUGAACUGCACUUGAGUAUUAAUGUCAGAAAUUUCAGUGAUGGAAUCCAGACAACGGAGGCACACCAAACCUUCGGCUAACAACAACCAGAAGAACAUUCCUGCAGAGGACAAGAAAGCCAAACGUGGUAGCAAAAAGAAGAAGGUGCCUGCAGCUUCUCCUCCAAAUAGUCGUCCCAGUACUGGACAAUGCGUGACCAUCUUGUGGGGCCUGAUCGGUAUAUUGGCUGCUGUCGCCAUUGGUUACGCACAUGCAAGGUACAUGUCCACCUUGCACGACAACUAUCUUUGGUUUUCUCAGAUUUCAGAAUUGGAACGAGAAAUAUCCUUCCGGACGGAGUCGGGCUUGUACUAUUCCUAUUAUAAGCAGAUGGUGAAUGCUCCAUCAAUAAUGGAAGGAAUCAACAGCCUCACCAACGACACCCUGACCGAGUUCCCCAGCAGCAUCAACGUCAUUGAGAGGAUGAACAUUUACCAGGAAAUAAUCCUUGCCACCAUUUACAGGAGUUUCACCGUCAUUCACAAGAAUUUCCAGCCAGUUUUCUUCUACAUCCACACCAUAUUUUCCCUUCACGGUGCCUUGGUCAGUUCCCUGUUCAUCACAGCAUGGAUGUUAAGUGAGUCAUGGUUGACCGGCGUUCUUGCUGCUAGCUUUUACAUCUUCAACAGACUAGAUACUACAAGGGUAGAAUAUGUCAUCCCACUGCGAGAGAGUUUCUCGUUGCCCUUCCUCUGGUUCCAAGUGGCAGCGAUCUCAUACUAUCUACGUUGGAAGACAAACCCAGUACUGAAUAAAAUCUCCAUUGCUGUUGUGGCCUUCAGCACAUUCCUCUUCAUGCUGUUCUGGCAAUUCAGCCAAUUUAUCGUUCUACUGCAGACAUUCUCUCUUUUUGCUGUCUGGGUACUUGGCAUGGUACCCCAACACAAGGUGAAGGUGUUGCUCGUCAUCGAACUGUGCAACCUUCUGCUGGUGUCUGUGAUGCAGUUCUGCAGUCCAAUGAUAAUUGGCUCACUGGCAGUCAGCUUCAUUCUAUCAUUCAUGAUCCUGCUUAUGUUCAAGAACUACCUCUUUUCUGCGGGCGGCAGCUUUUACCAAUUCUUUAAGGUUUCAGUUUUUAGCCUGGCUUCGCUUGUGUUGAUGGUAGCCAUCAACAAGCUGAUUAAGGUUGCGAUUUCACUGGAUGCUGAUGAACAUAUCUUCAAGUUUCUUCUCACCAAAUUUGGACUCGGCUCUUACACUGACUUUGACUCCCAACUCUAUCUGUGCAACGGAGCGUUUGGAUUCCUAGAAUGGGACACGUUUGUGCGCCUAACCAAUGGUUUUGUCUUCCCAGUUUAUGCUGUGGGUCACGGGAGCUUAUUGGUGCUGAUGCUGGUCUCCUGUUUCAAGAAAUGGCGCCAUAAAUCCCUGACAUCCAAUUAUCGUCCCUUGCUGUUCGCUCGACCGGAAAUUGCUUUCCACACAGUUCAAGCGCUCCUCUUUGGUCUCUUGGCUGUUAGCACCUUGCGUAUGAAAUACCUCUGGACACCAUACAUGUGUAUACUGGGCAGUGUUUUUCUUGCUGACCGCAAGGCUUGGAAAGCAGUCCUUUCCAAGGUCACUGACCAAGAAUAUAUAGUAUUCCUGUUUCGCCAUUUUGUUAUCGGAAGCAUCCUGGCAUCUCUUCUUUACACUGUAUUACCAAGUGUCUAUAAAGAACUUGAAGACCUCAAAGAAUUCUGGGACCCAGACACGGUUGAUUUAAUGGAAUGGAUAAAAACAAACAGUGCCCCAGCUGCAGCAUUUAGUGGCAGCAUGCAGCUAAUGGCUGGGGUCAAACUGUGUACGGGAAGAGCAAUUACCAACCAUCCACAUUACGAACACAAGUUGCUUCGCCAGAAAACCAAAAUGAUUUACCAAAUCUAUGGCCGGAAACCUCCAGAAGAGAUCUACAAAAUCCUGACGCAUUAUAAAACCACUCACAUAAUCCUCGAAGACAGUAUAUGCCUGGCGCCAUCAAGGAACGGAUGUCGCACACCAGACUUGAUUGAUGUUGUGAACGGAGAGCUCCCUGAUGAUGUCAGCCACAGAAAUGGAUUGGUGAGGAACAAACACCCAAGGUUUUGCGACGAGAUCCGGAAGGGUGCCAAGCGUUAUACCAAAUACUUCCGACUGGUCUUUGAAAACAGGACAUUCCGGGUCUAUCAGUUGCUUUAACGGUUAGAUGUGUAGCUGCGUGUUCACUCUUGAUGCUAUGGAUGUACUCCUGGAUGAAGAACUCAGAGUUUUAGGUUCAAAUUCAUUUGAGCGCCAACAACUCUAGGUUUUCUAGACCAGGCUUCUGUAUAGAAAUAGGUGUGCAUAUUACGUCUGGCUUAAUGCAUCCCUUCCUAGGUUUGAUCUCAGCCAAUUUCUACCAAAGAAGAAUGGGGUGGGACUCAAACUGCAAAGAGCAAGAACAAAGUACCUC